UGCGGAGGCAGAAGGGGCUCCCCUUAGAAGGGGGGCGGGCCAGGGGCUGAGUGAGGGGAGGACGGCAGAGCAGGGCCAGCAGCUCCCGCGACCGACCGGGAGCCAGGCCUGGGGAGAGGAGGCCUGGGCCGAGGAGCGGGUGGCGCAGGCCCGGAGGCAGGCGCGGCGCCCGGCUCGGCGGGGCACGUCCCGCCGCCGUGAGGACGCCCACCCCUCCCGGCGCCGGAGGACCCGCGCCCGCCCGCGGGCCCCUUGCUCGGGUCCCCGCCCCGCCCCGCCCUCCCGCCGGAUCUCCCGCCCCGGGCCCGCCCCGGCAGCCCGGCUCCCGCCCCUGCGCGCCAUUCCCCGCUGCUCCCGGCCAUGGCGGGCCUGGUGGCGCGACCCGCCAAGGGCUACCGGGUGGUGCUGCUCGGGAGCGUGGCCGUGGGCAAGACGGCGCUGGCCACGCAGUUCGCGUGCGGCCGCUUCCCCGAGCAGUGCGAGCCGUCGGUGGAGGAGCUCUUCAGCAAGGUGAUCGAGGUGAACGCGGCGCCCGCGCUGCUGGAGAUCGUGGACACGGUGGGCGCCGAGCACCUGGUCACCCUCAAGGACCUCUACAUCAAGAACAGCGACGGCUUCGUGGUGCUCUACAGCGUGUGCAGCGAGGCCUCGUUCGAGGCGGUGCGGCCGCUGCGCGAGCGCAUGGGCCGGCUGCGGGGCCCCAAGGCGGUGCCGCUGGUGCUGGUGGGCACCAAGGCCGACCUGGACGCCCAGCGCCAGGUGCUGACGGCGCGGGGCCGCGCGCUGGCCCGCGAGUGGCGGUGCCCGUUCCUGGAGGUCACGGCCAAGAGCAAACUGAUGGUGGACCAGGUGUUCACGCAGGUGGUGCGCGAGAUGGAGGCCCUGGCCCCGCCGCAGGCCGAGGUGGCGGACGCCCGCCCCAGUGCCCAGGAUACGUGGCCAUCGGAAAGAUUCAUUGGCUGACGUGCGCGGGUGACUUUUUAACCUGCUCUCCGCUUUCGAGCUCAGGAUUGCUACCCAGUGCCUUUUUAAAGAAAGUUACCGAGCUGAAAACAAGUGCUGACUUCUGCGUGGCAACGCUGAUCGGUGCUUCAAGCUGUCUGCAGAUCUUUCUUCACUAUUAGGUGAAAACUCUGUUUCUCUCUGACAGUGCUGUGAGAAGAAACUAUAACAGCAUUCUUUUUUUCCGUGUAUGGAGAGAGCGCCGCGCUGUUCUUCAGGUGGAACCUGCUAAUGGACGUUGUGUGCACGUGUGUAUGUGACAGUCAACACCUUCUGAGUGUCAUUCGAUAUUUGCAUUGACUGAGGAGCACGAAUUGACGAGCUUAAGCUUUGAUUCCAUGAGGUUUCCAUGUGUUUCCCUCUCCUUCACUGCACUGAAUUGCAGCAGUAAUAUUUUCCUCUGUGUAUUUCUAAAUAUAGGUAUGACAUACAUAGCACUGGUUUGAAAAGGGAUAUUGUGUACCCCGGCAGAACAACUGUGUGCUGGCAAAGAUAGCUCAGCUCUGUCUUUUUGUAACUGACAUCUACUCCAUUUCUGCAUCUGUAAAUUGAGUGAAAAUAAAAUUACUUUAGAAGUCGA